UAGUCGGUUGCAUAUAUGGUGUGUGUUCUGCCUUGUUGGUUAAGCUCAAUCGCUCAUCAUGAAGCAACCACACCAGCUAGCGUACGUGAAAAGAGUAAUAAGUAAUUAUUGUAGACUUAUGAUAUGGGCUAUGUAAAUGGGCAUGCUUGGGUUGGAAAGGAACAAAAAGGAAAGAAGAAGAGUUUGCAAUCGGAUCGGAAAACCACCCUAGGGUUCGUCUCACUCGGAUCGAUGGCGGCGGAGAAAACCAAGCAGAGGCGCGGAAUUGAGGAGAGCGCGAGGAUGAGGGACAAGGGUCGAUUGUCCGACGAGACACCGUCGGAGGAGGGCCACGAAAUCAUCCGUUUCCGCCGCGGCUGGGAAUCCCUUUACUCCCAUCCACACCGAUCCUUCGAUGCAACCACUUUCGCCCCGAUGCGCUAUACACAUGUACCCAUCCCAAAGUACGCGGACUGCAACUACGGUCUGCAGAUCUUCUCCGUCAAAGUCAACCAACUCCUCCUCAACGAGGAAGAGGAAGAGGAAGAGGAAGAGGGGCUCCACUGGCCAUUGCACGUCUAUGGCUUGGUCGCCACCAGGGACUCGCUUGAUCCUAGGCGCAAUCUUCUUUUCAACCGCACCAGGGAUAACUGCCAAAUCCUCACCCAACAGGAUCCAUUUUUGCUGCUAACAGGGCCAACUCGUGCUGUUGUGCUAGUAAUUGAUCCUGUGAAAUUCGAAAUCCAACUAAAAGCGAAAGGCACAAGUGAGUCUGAAGACAAAGUGCUCAAUUUCAGAGUCCUUGUCUAUCACCAUGAUUAUUCUUUGGCAGAUCCUCCUUUCAUAGUUCGGAGGCGUCGCCGUUGCAAGAGAAGUGAGCUUGAGUUUGCAUUUACACUGCUUGUUCGGUCAGUUGAGGCGACUAUCAGUGUCCAGGUUGUUGAUGGGUCGUCAUGGCCGGAUGAUUUGGGAGUACAGGUUGCUGCCCGCACGGCCAGUAUAAGUGAUGAGGCCAUCAAGCUACUUGAUUCUCGAUCUGCACAUGGUGGUAGAGUGCCCAUCUGCCCUGACGAUGGUGUGAUUAAAUGCCACUGACAUGUGGGGUACACUAUUUAUUUUUCGGAUAUAGAUUUUCAUCUCUCGAGGGGAUAUCCCCUUAUUGUUUGUAUGUCAUCUAAAUAGUUAUAAAAAAAUUGACAACAUAGAUUGUACUCCUUCCAUUUCAUAUUGUAAGAUUUUUUUGGACUUACCUAGGUUCAUACAUUGAUGAAUGUAUAUGUUUUCUAUA